AUUGUUGAGAUCGGGAUCGAAAUUCAAGUAUCGCCCACUUCCAGACGAACAACAACUUGCAUUUAUUUAUUUAGAUUUGCAACUGUCGACCUUAAAUCUCGUCAAAAACAUCUAUAUUUUACUAUGGGUGAUACAGAGAAAAUAUUUUUACAGCAAUCAUGAGUGGAAGGGUCGGUGAUCUGAGUAAAGAGCAAGAAGAUAGUCUUCACAAGUUUAAAGAAAAAGUGAAAGAUGUUAUAAAACCCACCCAUGAUGACCACUAUUUAUUAAGAUGGUUAAGAGCAAGAAAUUUCGAUGUAAACAAGUCGGAGACCAUGCUGAGGAAUCACUUUGCAUGGAGGACAAGAGAAAAAGUUGACAAUGUACACGAGUGGGAAUGUCCGGAAGUGAUACAGAAGUACUUCACCGGGGGGCUGUUUGGAUAUGAUGUGGACGGAUGUCCAGUCUGGAUUGAUCCAUUUGGCCAGAUAGACAUGAAAGGUAUGUUAAAAUCUGCCAAAAAAGCUGAUGUCAUCAGAGCCAAAGUUCACCUACUGGAAAAUCUUCACAAGGAAACAUUCAAAGACCUCAGUAGACAAAAAGGGAAAACAAUAGACUCUCUAAUCAUCCUAUAUGAUCUUGCGAAGCUUGGAAUGAAACACCUGUACAAACCAGGUGUGGAUGCUUAUUGUGAAAUGAUAACAAUGUUUGAAGAUCAUUAUCCAGAGACCUUGAAAUAUGCCAUAGUCAUCAAUGCUCCCAGAUUUUUUCCAAUAGCAUACAACAUAGUGAAGCCAUUCUUAUCAGAGGCUACAGCCAGGAAGACAAUCAUUUUAGGAACCAAUUAUCAGGACACUUUAUAUCGGUACAUCUCCCCAGAGGAGCUUCCGGCUUGUUAUGGAGGGAAACACACUGAUCCAGGAGGGGAUCCCACUUGUAAAUCAAAGAUUGGACAAGGUGGCGAUGUGCCCAAAUCUUACUACAAGCAACAGAUGUUCUCAACAGAAAUAGAAAAUGCUGUCACUGCUAGCGUGGGUCGUGGGUCUUCUUUACAAGUGGAAUGUGAUGUUCCAGUCCAAAACAGUGCCAUUAGAUGGCAGUUUUCCACUAAUGGCUAUGAUAUUGGAUUUGGUGUGUACCGGCGUACAAAGGACACAAGACAAAAAGCUAAUGAGAUGGAGGAGGUUCUACCUACCCAGAGGGUGAAUUCUCACCUGGUUCCAGAGGAUGGGAGUUUUACCUGUACAGAAGUAGGCAUGUAUAUCCUUCGAUUUGAUAAUACCUACAGUUGGGCAAGAAGUAAGAAAAUACUGUACUUGGUGGAAAUUUUAGAACCCGACACUGAAGACUUUACCAAUCCCAAUACUUCACAGGCCAGCUUCAAAGUCAAACAGAUCUCAUAAACAGCUUAAGGCUUGUUUCAGUCAUUUAUGGCCACUAGGUCGGGCAAAGUGUCCAGUUUUCAGUGGGUCCACAAAGUAUUUGUAUGCUCACAGGUUUAUUUUCAGUGGGUCUAUUUUCUGUAUGAAGGGUUGUACACAGUAAUUACAUUGUAAAUAUUGCUGUAUCACGGGCCAUUUUGUAGCACACUGGAAAUGGCUUUUUUGGUGGAUGAGAAAAUUCAUCAAAUAUCAAAGCACCAAAAUAUCUAUUCUUAUAAAUGAUACUCUUGUUGAAUGAAAAUGCGCCAAAAGAUAAAGCGCCAUGAUUUCAAACCUAUAGUAACUAUUUAGAGAAAAAUCUGCUAGAUAUGCCCGGCACCAAUAUUACCCGAGAUCGGUAUAUAUCUUUUCCAACAAAUUUUGAUGUAUGAAGACUACAGCAUGGUAUAUUGUUUUUAAGAUUUUAUUGAAGAUGGAGACUCUGCAGUAUUUCAUAUAUAUUAAUUGUGUCCAUAACACUGUAACAUACCAAUAGGGACGAUGUUGUGAGGAUAUUAUAUUUUAUUUGAUGAACCACUGAUUGUGAUCAUAUCACAAUAUAUUCUUUUUUUUUUUUUUUUUUUUUUUUUUUUCCAAUUUUUCCAUCAUAAUAUAUAUAUUCAUAUAUAUAUUUUACAAAACACAAUAGCAUGUCAAUAUUGAUUGAUGAAUUAAGUCAUGAUGAUAUCAAAUUUGCUUGAAUCAAACCUGUUGAUAUUGUAAUAAUAUCAACAUCAUUUUUGUUUUUCUUUUUCUUAUGGAACAAUGUUUAUCCAUGUCAUUUUCUUACAAUGAAUGGCUGCCCUAACUCUCAUUCAUCCCAAUGACUUAUUACACCUGAAUCCCACUGAAUUUCCCAGCUCUGGUACAUGUACAUCAUAUUAACUGACUAUUCCAGCUCUAGUAUAUCCCAAUUACUGACUAUCUUAACACUGGUAUAUCUGAAUUACUGACUAUCUUAACUCUGGUAUAUCUGAAUUACUGACUAUCCGAGCUCUGGCACAUCACAAUUACCGACUAUCCCAGCUCUGGUACAUCACAAUUACCGACUAUCCCAGCUCUGGUACAUCACAAUUACCGACUAUCCCAGCUCUGGUACAUCACAAUUACCGACUGUCCCAGCUCUGGUACAUCACAAUUACCAACUAUCCCAGCUCUGGUACAUCACAAUUACCGACUAUCCCAGCUCGGGUAUAUCACAAUUACCGACUAUCUCAACCCUGGUACAUCACAAUUACCGUCUAUCCCAGCUCUGGUACAUCACAAUUACCGACUAUCCCAGCUCUGGUACAUCACAAUUACUGACUAUCUCAACCCUGGUACAUCACAAUUACCGUCUAUCCCAGCUCUGGUACAUCACAAUUACCGUCUAUCCCAGCUCUGGUACAUCACAAUUGCAGACUAUCCCAGCUCUGGUACAUCACAAUUACUGACUAUCCCAGCUCUGGUACAUCACAAUUGCAGACUAUCCCAGCUCUGGUACAUCACAAUUACCGUCUAUCCCAGCUCUGGUACAUCACAAUUUCUGACUAUCCUAACUGUUGUAGAUCACAAUAUAUGUACAUGUAGCUAUGUAUUCUUACCUUCAUACAUUAUAAUAGCUGAUUACCAAUAUCCCAACUUUUAUACAAUACAAUAAAUGACUAUCUAACUGGCAUACAUCACAAUAACUGAAUAUCCUGACUGGCAUACAUCACAAUACCUGAAUAUCCUGACUGGCAUACAUUACAAUAGCUGAAUAUCUUAACUUACAUGCAACCCCUUUAUGUUACAAUAACUGACUAUCCUAACUUACAUGCAGCCCAUUUAUAUUACAAUAAUUGAAUAUCUUUACCCUGCUAUAUCAAAGGAGGAUUGAAGCUGUAGGAAUACAAAAUUAACUGUUGAUAUCAAAAUUAUAUCAAUAUCUUUAGCAAAUAAAGAACAUGGUUUAAUUCACUCAGCCAAUGUUGAAUUGAAAUGUUGAAAUGAAGAAUGCAGUCUAAAUGAAACCAUACGUACACACAGUUGGAUGACAGUACAGUCUUGAGCACAACUUCCGUAUUUUUCAAAUGAGAUGAAUGUGUAUUGUGUCUUUCCAAGUAUCACACAAAGUUGAUGAAGGGUAAAAAAUACAAGGCAUUUAUAAAAAAUCUUAUCUGAAAGACCUUUACAUACAAGGUGUGUUUGAUGUCAGUUCACCGAGAUUUAUGUUUGAUGUCAGUUCACUGAGAUUUAUGUUUGAUGUCAGUUCACUGAGAUUUAUGAGUGGAAAGGAUAAACUGUGAGGUGUUUUUUUUAUUAUUGCUUAAAUUUUGGGUGCAGAAUAAUGUUCCACAUCUCUAAAUAAAAUCAACACAGUCCCAUUUUACAGAGACAAUGGUAACUAAGGCUGCUGGCUUUUCACGGAUACACGGAUAUUUUUAUGUGUACUAGUACCUACAUGUAUGUUUACUUGUGUUUUAUUGUUAUUUUUACUAAAUCUUGAGGAGUUGAUAUAGCUCCCUGAUUUAUACAAAAUUUUAUUUUUUAUUUUUAUCAAUGCACUUUUAUUAAAAUGGUGAUAAUUGCAUUCUAUUUUUAUAUUGUUGAUUAUAUCAAUCUAGCUCAUUGUACAAAGUAGUCUUUAAAUAUGUAUUCAACUUUGACAACUAGUCUAUUAUACAUGUAAAUGUAUUUGAGUAGGCCAACAUUAAUUAGUUCAUAUUUGUUAUUUAAUAUUCCUGGUGAUAUUUGUGUUCAAAAUUGAGUUAUGAAAAAUCAGUUACAAAAUGAAUGUUUGUUAUUUCUGUAUAAUUCUUGACUUGCUGUUGAAAUUCAUAUAUUUAUUUUUGUUGAUGUCAAGCACAUGAUACUGGAAACCAACUUUUAUUCACGGAUACUUUAUUUCGCAAUUCACCUGUGGUAAACUGGUUUGCGGCGAGUAAUUUUCGCCAUCGAACCUAUGACAGAUAUUUAAGGACUGGUUCGUAGUAAGAAAUAUUCGCAAGAAUGAGUUUCUCACAAAUAUCGCAAAAUUUUCUCGCAUGCGAAUAAAAGUUGGUUCACAGUAAACUAAUGAUUAACUUUUACUUCUCUGUAUGGACAUAUUAUCGUAGAAUCAGUGUGACGUGAAUCAGUUUAACACCGGCAGCACAAAGGAACAUUUAUCUGCAUCAUUAUUGGGUGAAUAAGGUAUAUGUAAUUGAGUUGUAGUAUACACAUGUUUAAUAAAUACAAGUAUAUUC